GUUUCUGUAGACUUUAAUACGUUUUAAAAGAAAGGUUCUGUGGAGGGAAAAAAAAGUGAAUUGUUGUCUUAGAAAGUCAUUAGUUCUUGAAUCUGAAAAGUAGAAUUCCCCAGAGGGAGCGCCAGACAGGGUGGUACACUCCAGAGGCAGAGGCAGGUAACUCUCUACGAGUUCGAGGCCAGCCUGGUCUACAAGGGAUUUCGUGACCAGCCGGAGCUACAAAGAGAAACCCUGAUACAUAAUACAUCAAUUUAAACAAGCCAGCAACACAAUCCGCCCUGUCCCAUUUCCCCUGAAUGUUCGCUCUCAGUCGAGAAUCACCAUUCAAUAGAAAAUUCAGUUUAAAUAAAGUACGACAGAGGAACAUGUUGACUUCUGAGGAGGAACCAGCAAAUCCGUAUGUCCAGGGUGACUAGACAAACGGCCCCUGUUAAAGCAGAAUGUGAUGUCUAUUUAAGCCAAAAGCUCAUGUAGCCCAGGCUGGUCUCCAAUUUGCUGGUGGCCGAGGGCACCUGCACCUGCCCCAAUUACACGCAUGCAGCACCUGGCUAGAGUGUGGCUCGUGAUGCAUAAAGCAGGGUAAACUGACUGCGGACGGAAUAAGAUUCCAUUAAUCAUAGGGUAGGCGCAGGCUUCCGCCCGGCAGGCGCAAUCAGUGCCCACCCACAAGCGCCCCACUGCAGCGAUACUGCACAUGCGCACCUGGAAGCACGUGUUACGGUCACAUGCCCCACGCCAGGCGGCAGGGCCGUUGGACGCGCCUGCGCAGCUCUCAGGAUGCGCCGUCCUCCCGGCAUCCUUAGCGCUGCUUUCCCGCCAGGAUAAAGCUGAAGCGGUUUUCCGGUUCUCCUCAUUGUCGCCUGGGUCUUGGUGUGGCGCUGCUGCUGUCGGUUGUCUGUCCUCCUCUGGUCCUCCUCUGUCCAGCAUGUCGAGGGAAUCCUCCAGGAAGCAGCCUUCGAAGAAGGGGCUGUUUGACCCUGUGUCCUUUGCCAAGGACCUGCUGGCUGGAGGGGUCGCGGCCGCUGUGUCGAAGACAGCUGUGGCACCCAUCGAGCGGGUGAAGCUUCUGCUGCAGGUGCAGGCGUCCUCCAAGCAGAUAAGCCCCGAGAAGCGCUACAAGGGCAUGGUGGACUGCUUGGUGCGCAUUCCGCGGGAGCAGGGUUUUUUCAGUUAUUGGCGUGGCAAUUUGGCAAAUGUUAUUCGAUACUUUCCAACACAAGCUUUAAACUUUGCUUUUAAGGACAAAUACAAACAAAUAUUCAUGUCUGGAGUUAAUAAAGAAAAACAGUUCUGGAGGUGGUUUCUAGCAAACCUGGCUUCUGGAGGGGCUGCUGGAGCUACAUCCUUGUGUGUGGUGUAUCCACUAGAUUUUGCCAGAACCCGUUUAGGUGUUGAUAUUGGAAAAGGUCCUGAUCAACGGCAAUUCAAGGGUUUAGGUGACUGCCUUGUGAAAGUAGUAAAAUCAGAUGGAAUUAUUGGUCUAUACCAAGGGUUUGGUGUCUCUGUUCAGGGCAUCAUUGUUUAUCGAGCCUCUUACUUUGGAGCUUAUGACACCGUUAAGGGUUUAAUGCCAAAACCAAAGGAAACUCCAUUUCUUAUCUCUUUUAUCAUUGCUCAAAUUGUGACUACCUGCUCUGGAAUACUCUCCUAUCCCUUUGACACAGUUAGAAGACGUAUGAUGAUGCAGAGUGGUGAGUCUCAGCGGCAAUAUAAAGGAACCAUAGACUGCUUUCUGAAAAUAUAUCAACAUGAAGGAAGUGGUGCAUUCUUCCGUGGUGCCUUCUCCAACAUCCUUCGUGGUACAGGGGGUGCUUUGGUGUUGGUGUUAUAUGAUAAAAUCAAGGAAUUCCUUAACAUUGAUAUUGGAAGUGGUUCAUCAAGCGAUUAAAUUGAGAAGUGCAUAUUUCUAAUGUCAAAAAAAUAUAAAAAUUACAUAGCUGCCAUUUGUAUAUAUUUUGAUAGUGUGUUACUAUUGUCAGUGUGUCUUACAAUGUUUAUUCUGCAAUAAAGAAAAGAUUUUGUUUUCAAGAUUUUAGUACUAAAAGUCAGGACAAAAUGGGCUUUUUUCUCACUUAAACCCAUAAUCAUUAGUGAGAUAUUUUAUUAUAUGUAGUGUAAGUUACUUCUGUUUAAAAAAAAUUCUUACACUUGUGGUAAAUACUAUAUAAUGUAAAAUCUGAGAAAUGGAAGUAUCUUUAAAUCUCUGUUUGCUUAGUACAGCUUUAAUCCCAGCUUUUAGGAACUGUAUUGUAUGACAGAUAGUUCUUAAGCAUUUAUCAAGGGUUGUCAUCAGUAUCUCUUACAUAAUCAGCUUUCUUUUGCAGCAUCUGUUAAAGCAGCUCAAGCAGGACUGUGUUAGCAUUUACAGUUUCAUAGUUUUUGAUAAGUGCAAAUUACAUCAUUUAAAAGUUGAUAAUGACUUAAUGAUACUAUCAAACUAUUUGAAAAAUGUAAAUGGGUUAUUUGCUAAUAUUUACUCUUGCUAGUGUGAGUAUAUCUUCAAAAAAAGAAAUCUCCCCUGAACAUUAGAUUUUUGUAUUCUGUAUUGAUAAUAAAGCAAGUUGAAAGCU